AUGGCUGAUGCUUAUACCCAAAACGGCGAACUCGCCAUUUCAAAAGCCCAAGACAUUUACUUACAGGCCGAGAAGUGCCGACUCCUCUUUUCCACAUACCUCAAGAUGUUCCAGUUGCCCACUCCAUAUAGAUGGCACGUGUUGAACAAUGAGUGUCGCUUCUUGACCUGGGCGAGAACCUUAGGCGUUUUUGAUCAUAAAAGUAUUCGUCUUGAUCGUCGUCUCCGGUUCUCCCAUGAUUUUAAAGAACUAUUCAUGUUAAUGCUCUCGGUUCUUGAGGAGGGCCUUGAGCAAACCCUUCUUCGCCAUCCACCAAUCAACACAGUGGUAGAGAAUGAUGCUGCCAUGUUUGCAAUUACCGGAGCCAUCAGCCGGCUCGAACGACUUGUCCCCAUGAUUCAGAUCCACGAAUCCCCAGUCGCCAGGGAAGCUCUGCUAAUCCGUCGUCGUAUCGCAAGAGAAUGGGGCGAUAAAUAUGCGCCAUAUGUCUCACAAUUAAUACAGAGACUCUUCCCGGGUGCUGAGCCUACGUUGCGAGCCCAGCUGACACUGUCCAUCUUGUAUCGGCGCGGCCGGCUUAUCCAUCAUCUGUUAACGUCUGAUAGGUUGCAAUAUGAAAUGGGAACAGAAAAUGCCAACCCUGGUGCAUCAAGAAGUCAACAACAGGGUAUUACUGGUGGUAUCUUUUCAUAUCCUCCAGUAUGUCCAGAUCCACCAGAGCCGGCACAUGGUGAAAGCGACGUUCAAUGCCCAUACUGCUUAGAUAAUAUUAUAUUUCCACUAUGGGAAACGAAGGAGGAAAAGAGAGCCCGAUGGCUGUCUCACUUGAAAGCUGAUCUGCAGCCAUAUGUGUGCCUCUCGGCGGAAUGCCGACAUUUCUUAAUGUACUUCUCAACUGUAGAAGAAUGGAAGGGCCAUAUGGAGAGCCACGAUGCCGACUGGUUUCAAAACAUCCAUUCCACCAGAUGGUCGUGCCCAUUUUGUAACGACAGUUCUACCUGCUUCUUGACCAAGGGCGACCUGGAAGAUCACCUCAUUCACGAUGAGGCGACAAGUCACCCUGGCCGAGCGUGCUGGAACACGUUGACGGUAGAGAGGAGCGUGGUGCCCAAGCGAAGAAACAGAGAUUGCUGUCCUCUGUGCAAUGAGGAGCUUACGACUGACACGCCAAGCGAGCGGCCUCACCGACUGUACACCCACAUUAUCGACCACCUAGAUGAAUUGGCGUGGGUGUCCAUCUACUGGUGGAACGUUGAAAGUUACAAGAGAAUUGGCGUGUCUGUCAACAGUACGGACUCUGUUGAUGUCCAAGGGGGGAACCCACAGCAUCGUUGUUCUGGCGCGGGCCGCUCUCAAGGACAGUGUAUGAAGCGGAAAUUAAAUUUUGAGACAAAGGCUGCAUCGCAAGCUAACUCCAGCUAG